CGGAGCAUUGCUAGGCGUGAUGGAGAAUAUGUGAGGUCACCGCAACGCCACGCGCACAGUGGCUUCUGGUCGACGUCCAUCGAUGAAGUCGAGUCUUCUCUCUCUCAUGCUGCCGGUGUUUUUACUGCCAAGAGCGAGCGGUAGUGACGAUGGUUUCGAUGUUGGCUCCGUUGCAUUGCUCAUACUUCGAUUGUCCUCGUGAACACCAACACCAGAACGAACAUCUUCACUCGUGCUUGAUGAGAAACACCCUCCGUUGGCUAUUCGCCACCACGAUGCUUGUCGCCACGGCGAUCGUUUCGACUGCACAGAAUGUGCCUUUGCCGGCAAAUGUCACUGAUGCCAUUGAAGCCUCAGAGCAAAUGGCGUUUGCAGCUUGCGGUCCGCGUAUUCGGAAGCCAUGGGAUCUGCUGCUUCCCGCCGAAAAGGAGCUUUAUUUGCGCGCGAUCGCGAUGUCUAUGGACGACGGCUACUAUAUCAAAUUUGUGGAGAUCCACACGGAGCAGAUGACGACGGUCGAAGCGCACAACACUUGCAUGUUCGUCUAUUGGCACCGCUUGUUGCUGUUGGGCUUCGAGAAUAUGCUUCGGAGUUAUGGUGGCGAGUUCUCCUGUAUCACUGUACCAUACUGGAACUACGUUGACGACAACCAGCGCUAUUUGCUGGGAGGAUGCCGCAGCAUGGAAGAGUGUUCACUGCUCUUACGUGACUUUGGUGGGUCAUUGAACGGAUUUGGUCGUUCCGUCACGAUAAAUGGAUCUCCUAUCAGCGGAACCUGCGUGGUUACGCCGCCUCUUGAUCACUUUUGCGAAGCUACUCACCUCCUUGGAGGAAAUUGUGCGCGUUGUGUCCCUCGCGGAGACUGGUUAAGCUCCCCAUUCCCACCAACAACGUCUAUGAGCUCGCUAGCACGCCAACUCUUCGCGACUCCAACUAUCUCUGGUGUUGUGGCCAACCUGGAACUCGGCAUUCACAACACCGUUCACAGCGCUCUCGGCGGAGCUAUGGGCGUCUUAGAAGCGCCUGCAGAUCCAAUCUUCUUUUCCCACCAUGCCACAAUCGACCUGCUGCACUCCAUCUAUUACAAGUGUGUCGUGGGCAACACCGUACCGAUUCCGCUGGAGCAGAAGUUGUCCGAUCCUCGAAUAUACACGGAAUGUCCACGUCGCCGUCCGCUUCCAGUGAACGCAAUCGAUCGGAACGUCCUGUACCCGCAGUCGAACGUUUUGCUUCGCACUGGUGAAGAAGGAAUAAACCCGACGUCCGUCUUCUCGCAGUUCAGCAUACUUGAUCCGUUCUUCGCAGACCUCCCUUCGUCGUACCUGAGUUUCUCGGACAUUCGCGAUCUUGGUGUCUACAGCUACAACUACGAGAUGACCGGAUUGUUGGCCGAAAUGUUCACGGCGUGCCCUGGCGCCGGCUUCGGUGCCGAUGUGCCAUUCCGUCAUCUUGAAAGCGCUAACAACACGGAAACAAAGCAUAAGUUCGUGGAAGCAGUCAUCGUCCCCAGCAACAAGACGGCGGACAAUUGGUUCAGUGAGGCGUUGGCUGCCGCGUUGAACAGCUCCUCGGCUGAGUCCGUGAUGGAAGAUGCCUCAGUAGAUGCACUCGAUGCCAUUGAAGACGUGGAGAAGAUGACCUGUGUAUUUUACGAUGAGUGUCGUGGCGGAGUGCACGACUUUAGCGAUGAUUUCCGCCAGAGCUUCCAUGCGAAUGGUUCGUCUCCGUGCACCACCAUCCUCGCCAACAUUAAAAGCGGCAGCGACCAAAUCCGAACGCCCAAUUGGCGCUCAAUCUUUCUCCGUCACAUGAAGUGCGACAAAGCGUGAGGGCUGUAAAGCGAACGGGAGCUUGUGGUGUUUGUAGUUGUACUCUGCUGUAGCAAGAAAAGAAGAAUGGAUGUAAAACGAGAGCUGAUUUUCACUCACACUUGUUGAAUUGAUUCGAUGUUGACACUUCUUAAAGCUCUUGGAGAACUUCUUCAAUGAAACUAACAAAACUCGAGU